GCAGCGGCCCGGGGCGCUCCUCUCCGCGCGGACCAGCGAGGCGGCGGCCGUUCUUUCAGCCUCCCGGAGCCGCUCGCCCACCACCGCCCCCUCGGCGCGACCCUAGCACCGCCCCAGCUACUUUCUUCAGAAUGAUUCCCUGCAGAGCCGUGCUGUCUUUUGCCCGAUGUCUAAUCCGGAGAAAAAUCGUCACUCUGGACAGUCUAGAAGAUUCCAAAUUAUGCCGCUGUUUAUCCACCAUGGACCUCAUCGCCCUGGGUGUUGGAAGCACUCUUGGUGCUGGGGUUUACGUCCUGGCUGGGGAGGUGGCCAAAGCAGAUUCUGGUCCCAGCAUUGUGGUGUCCUUCCUCAUUGCUGCCCUUGCUUCCGUGAUGGCAGGCCUUUGCUAUGCUGAAUUUGGGGCCCGAGUUCCCAAGACUGGGUCUGCGUAUUUAUACACAUAUGUCACUGUUGGAGAGCUGUGGGCAUUCAUCACUGGCUGGAAUCUCAUUUUAUCAUAUGUGAUAGGUACAUCAAGUGUUGCAAGAGCAUGGAGUGGCACCUUUGAUGAACUUCUUAGCAAACAGAUUGGUCAGUUUUUCAGGACCUACUUCAAAAUGAAUUAUACCGGCCUUGCAGAGUAUCCUGACUUUUUUGCUGUCUGUCUUAUAUUACUUCUAGCAGGUCUUUUAUCCUUUGGAGUGAAAGAAUCAGCUUGGGUGAAUAAAAUCUUCACAGCUAUUAACAUCCUGGUCCUUCUUUUUGUUAUGGUUGCUGGGUUUGUGAAAGGCAAUGUGGCAAACUGGAAGAUUAGUGAAGAGUUUCUCAAAAAUAUAUCAGCAAGUGCCAGAGAGCUGCCUUCCGAAAAUGGAACAAGUAUCUAUGGGGCUGGUGGCUUUAUGCCGUAUGGCUUUGCAGGGACUUUGGCUGGGGCUGCCACCUGCUUCUAUGCCUUCGUGGGAUUUGACUGCAUUGCAACAACUGGUGAAGAAGUCCGGAAUCCUCAGAAAGCGAUUCCUAUUGGAAUUGUGACUUCUUUGCUUGUUUGCUUUAUGGCCUAUUUUGGGGUCUCUGCAGCUUUAACACUUAUGAUGCCAUACUACCUCCUGGAUGAGAAAAGCCCUCUUCCGGUAGCAUUUGAAUAUGUUGGAUGGGGUCCUGCCAAAUACGUUGUUGCAGCGGGCUCCCUCUGUGCUUUGUCAACAAGGUAUAUUGCAUUGCCUUCUUCUUGGAUCCAUUUUCCCAAUGCCGCGGGUAAUCUAUGCUAUGGCGGAGGAUGGGUUGCUUUUCAAAUGUCUAGCUCAAAUCAAUUCCAAAACGAAGACACCAGUAAUUGCUACUUUAUCAUCGGGUGCGGUGGCAGUCUUCUGGGCUCUAUGUUUCCUUUACCCCGAAUUCUAUUUGCCAUGGCCCGAGACGGUUUACUGUUUAGAUUUCUUGGCAGAGUGAGUAAGAGGCAGUCACCAGUUGCCGCCACGUUGACGGCAGGGGUCAUUUCUGCUGUGAUGGCAUUUCUUUUUGACCUGAAGGCCCUUGUGGACAUGAUGUCCAUUGGCACUCUUCUGGCCUACUCUCUGGUUGCAGCAUGUGUUCUCAUCCUCAGGUACCAGCCCGGCUUGUCUUACGAGCAGCCCAAAUGCUGUCCUGAAAAAGAAGCGCUGGGAUCAUGUGCCAGCGCUGCCUCGAAAAGCGAGUCCCAAGUCACCAUGCUGCAGGGGCAGGGUUUCAGCCUGCGGAUUCUCUUCAGCCCCUCGGCUCUGCCUACGCAACAGUCAUCUUCUCUCGUGAGCUUUCUGGUGGGGUUCCUCGCAUUUCUGGUUCUGGGUCUGAGCAUCCUGACCACUUACGGAGUCCACGCUAUUGCCCGGCUGGAGGCGUGGAGUCUCGCUCUCCUUGUGCUCUUCCUCGUUCUCUGCAUCGUCGUCGUGCUCACCAUUUGGAGGCAGCCCCAGAAUCAGCAAAAAGUAGCCUUCAUGGUUCCAUUCUUACCAUUCUUGCCAGCCUUCAGCAUCCUGGUGAACAUUUACUUGAUGGUCCAAUUGAGUGCAGACACGUGGAUCCGAUUUAGCAUUUGGAUGGCACUUGGUUUCCUGAUCUAUUUCGCUUAUGGCAUUAGACACAGCCUGGAGGGUAAUCCAAGAGAUGAAGAAGAUGAAGAAGAGACGUACUCAGACAACAUUCAUGCAACAACAGAAGAAAAAUCUGCCAUUCAAGCCAAUGACCAUCACCAAAGAAACCUGAGUCUGCCUUUCAUAUUCCACGAAAAGACGAGCGAAUGCUAACGCGUACAGGAGCUGAGUUGGGCCACAGUCUUAACAUACCUAUCCUCCGUGGAGUAAACCGUGACAGGGUGUCAGCAUCGCGCUAGGUUGCUGUGGGUUUGCUGCAAACAUAGUUCACCCUAACUUAUGCUUACCUGAACAGCACCUCCUCAGAUGGUGAAUUAUGUACCUGGGGAGACCUCCCAAGCCCUCUCCUCAGUGGCGAAUACCCCCCAAAUAGCAGGAGCGUGUGUGUGUGUGUGUGUGUGUGUGUGUGUGUGUGUGUGUGUGUUGGGAUAUAUGAAUGUGGAAAGUUGGUUGUGUUUUACUACUACCACAUUACAUUUUUCCGGUGUUGUCAUUAAUUGGUGGCUUAUAGCACAUGCUGAAAUGGAGGCAGUCACUGAAUGGAAGUGUUUUGUAUGUGCCUGGUGCAUUUGGGGAAAUACCUGUUGCUUUUCCUUAUUAGGUGUCAUUAAUGUCAAUUAGAACAUGCUAAAAGUGCACUUACCCAUCUUGGUGUCUGUCAUUGGUCAGGAGCAAGAGGAGGGGAUAAGAAAUGAGCCUUUUCUAUAACUUAUAAAUGCCAGCAGUGGGUUUAGUAGAGAUUUUUAUUCUAUGAAGGAUGGCACUUUGCCCAAACUUCAGCCGCCACGGGGAUUUGUACCUGCGAUAUACCACAUGGGGCAAAAGUGGUGUUCCGUGUCACCCAAUGGGGCCUCUUUCAACCGCUGUCUUUCUUAAGAGAUGUGCUCUUUACAUAUGAAGACUUCACCUCCUGUGAGUGCUGUAUAUCCCUCAGUCCAGUCAGGGAUUUGAGAGCAGUAUGUGUGAUCUACAUGGGGCCCUUUAUGCUAGAAAGUGAAGCUGGUCCCCAUGGCUGGAAAGCUUGCGUGAGUGGCAGUGACGAGGGUAUAUUUGAAAAUCAGAGUUAGACAUAAGCUUGGAAAAGUAGACACUAAGCAUCCUUGUCUUUAAAGUCACUUAAAAUAAGCCAGUAGAAUCUUCUAGCUCACACAGUUGGUAGAAUGAUUCAUACUUUUUUCUAUUACUUAAUAACUAAUCACAAUUCAGUUUUUUUAAACCUCCUCAGGUACAGAUUUCACUCCUUUGUUUCUAUUAUUUUGUCUUGUCCUAGACAUGAGGGGCUACAGUAGCAAAUUACGUCUUUAUUACGUGCCAAAGAGGAGAACUGAAGGGACACAAGAAGAAAAAAUUGCCCUGUUUUGAGUUUAAAGUGCCUAUUCAGAUAUUAAAUUGCAUUUGACGGAGUUUGAGGGGUUUGGAUCUAAUUUGCCUUUGUUGUUUCUUUUGGAAACAUUGAAGGAUGUUUUUCUUCCCCCAAUCCCAUAAAUUGUUUGGCACUUUUUAUCUCAUUUAUUUUUAAUUGACCACACUAAAUCUAUUAAUAAAAACUCUAGUAACCCAACAGUGUUUGGGGAAUAAAAUAUUUUAGUUAAAUACAUGAUUUUUAAAACCUCCAACUGAAAAAAUGUAACCUAAUUAAAUUAAAGCUAUAUAAGCACAGUAACGUUUAUAUAAGUAAAUGAUUUGUUUUUACAUGUAAGAUUCUCUAAUUACUAUAUUUUACUGGAUAGCGUUCUCUAGCAGUGGACUGUUUUUCUGCAGUGUGCUUUGCUUCUAAUGAAUUGUUUUUCUUACAAAUAAUUACAUGGUUUACUAGGUGAGGCUAGAGGCUAAAAACUUAUAUGGGUUACAUUCCCAGGAAAAAUGUUAUCAAGCACACCAAUUGACCAGCUUAAUCGAAAGGCAAGGAAAACAUUUGUUUUCUGACAGCACUUCCAAGAGAUUAGUUAUUUCACUGAUGCCAUUAAAAAGCAACUUGUGAUUGUUUUGUUGAACCAAGAGUUUAUUGUGAGUAAAUAUCAGGUAAACAGGUAGAAAGCCUGGGUUUCUGGCUGCUAUUGUUGAAGCAUCCCUGACCUAGAACUCAGUCCUGACAUUCCACAGUUUGCAGGCUGCACAGGGUAAAAUCUGAAGCCCAGAAUUCUCUUUUAAGCAUGUUUUUCUAGAGAGGAAGAGUUGGAUAUGCAAGGGGUAAAAUAUUUCUGUAAGGACUUUACGUAUGAUCACAAGUCCUUGCUGUUAGAGUAAUACACUGAGAACACCCUUUUAUUCUAUAAUCAAUCUAGAAUAGGCCCUUAACACAGGGAACAUAAGGAAUUUCCUACAUAAAUAUUUAGGUCUUUUACUGUAACAAAAGAAAUUUAUUUAGAAUGUGAUAGGCAGCUAAAACUAUUAUGCCCACUGUGUUCAAUUAGGAGAAGAAUUUAGUUAAAAAUUAUUUUUCCACAUUAAAACACUUUGCAAACACAAGUAUCUAUGAAAAGAUGCUUCGUCGGUGACUGUGCUUUUUUUCUGUGAAGACUCAAAUAUGUAUGAGUCAUAUCCCUGUAUGAGUCUGUGUAUAUAUAUAUGUAUAUGUCUGUGUAUUUCAAAUAGUGUAUAAGUCGGUUGGGUUUAUGAUGGGCUUUGGAAACAAUACCAUUAUAUGGAUUUAAAAAAAAACCCAAUUGAUGUGGAGAAAAAAUAAUGUUUUAUAUUGAUAGGUAUGCUUAUACAAAAUUUUUAGGUUUUAAACUAUUUUGCAAUAUACAGCAAUUUUAUAUGUAUGAUAUUUUCUAUAGAUUCUUUAAGAAAGGUAUAUUUAUAAUGUAAUAUGGAAUCACUAAACUCUAUUGUAACAGGUGCUUUAUAAUCUGAAAUGGAGUAGGGGUGGGAGCUAUUAGGGUAUUUCUGUUUACUUGUUUCUGUGGCCCCUUUUCUGACAUCUCUGUCUUGCUCUGUGUUUAUUAGUAAAAGCCCGUACUACUGGCUCUUUUACCAGCCUCCCGUAUCUACAUCUGAAUUCAUAACCUUGAGAACAAAAUAUUGCUUUUACUUUCUUAGGAUUACCAAAAGGUUUUGUAUAGAUUCGACUAGUAGUCAGUCACACUUACACAAACUCCUCUCCAGGAAUGAAAAAAUACAUACCACACAAUCUCUUAGUUGUGACUGAGUAAAAACAGUUUAAAUUACUUUUCUUUCCUACACUAGGAAAUAUGCUGUCUUAACAUUUUCAGUGAGAAACUUAUAAUAGCACCAUUAUUUUAAGCUCUUGAGAAAAGGGAAAAGAUGACUUACGAAUAACCAUAUAAAGGCAAUAUGCUUACCCUCUGUUUAAAAAGGUAGCUAUACAAAUCCAAGUUUAAAACCUAUUUAUGAGAAAACUUAUGUUAGAACUUUUGAUCAAUACCGAGAUACAGAUUAUUGCUUACCCACAUUUUCCCCAGAGAUGAACAUCAAGAAAACUUCUUAAGACCAAAAACAUCAUCUGGGAUAUAUACAUUAGAGGAAAAACUAACCUUGAUAUAUGUAAAACUUUACUGUUGCCAUCCAUAGUUAAUAGAAAAUGUCUGUUUGAGAAUUAUUUUCCUUUAAAAUCCAAAAGCCUGUCUUUCAAUUUUAUGAAUAAAGGAUUUUUUUAACUUUUUUUUUUUAAUUUUAGAAACUAACCAGCAUAUUUGCUAAGUCUUGGUAGUUGUUAACCAUAUUUUGAAUCAGAGUCUGUAUUUACUGAGUUAUUUUCUAAAUUAAUGGGAAUGCUUAGCAGGGGGAAUAAGGAGGUUUAUUGCCCUGCAAUACUGAUAAUGCCAAAGGAGUAUAUUACUCUUCUUUCUUUGUAAAUCAGGGCAUAUUCUGAGAUGACAAACCACGUGAUAACGUGCCAAGAUUCCAACACUGCCUCGUGAUGUGGCUGCCUGAUUUCCUCCUGAUGCCCUUCAAGCAACUCCUGCUUAACACCCAAACUACAGUUUGCACAGCAUUUUAAAGGAUUGGGUUUAGAGUGUAUAUCACAGCGUAUUAAAAUUCACAUGAUUAGUGUGAAUGGGGGGGGAGGGGAGAGGGGAUUAACUUUUUUUCUUUUUUUCUUUUUUGCUAGUGCCAAAAUACUGCCUUCUCUGUACAUUUUCUACUUACAGUCUCUGACAUGUCCUAAAAUAUCAAGGGGAAAAAAGUACCAAAGUUCAAGUAGUAAAUAAUGCCAGCACAGGUCAUUGUUCAGUCAUGUAGAUUUGCAGAUAAGGUUGCUUAGCUUUGUUGUUUAGCUGAGAUUUUUUUUUUCUCUUUGUAUAAUUAUAUUUAAACAUUUUUAAAUGGAUUUCUGGUUUCUGGAUUUUGAGAGGCCUGCUCUGUUUUUGUGGUUGUUGGUUUUUGUAACAUUCAUUAUUGUUUAUAUGUACACAGUUUAGUCUCACUGAUUUCAGAUGUGUCUUGUGAUGGCUCGACUCUCGUGACAGCCUUGUUGAGAGUAGUACUUAGCUUUUCUUCACCCUGGCUGAAGCCGCUGCCAUUAUCUGGCCCUAAAGACCCUUUGCUGACCACUGGUGCCCCAUGGGGAUCAUGACCAGGAGCCUGGGCUGGAUCUAGAGUCAGGCAGCCCGUAGAGCGUAAGCACCUAGACCUAGCCUUAUUGGGUGGGGUCUUGGGAUGAUACGGUGGGAUACGACGUGAAAGCCUUCACAUGAAAGUAAGGAGUGUGGGGUCCAAAUAUCCCAUCAACACAUCACGUAAAUGAUAGGGACUAAGGAAGGUCUGUGACUCAUAGGAAGGAUGGCUGCUUCCUGGAACUGGUCCCACGGGGUCGGGCCCACUACAGUCCCCGUACGGCACUGACAGCCUUGAGGUGGAAAGUGCACGGGCCCAGGCUCAGCUGGUACUUCCAACAGGGUGGGUUUCACUGGCCCAGGCCCGGGUAGGGGGCCUUUUGUCUUUGGUGUCCACUAGGCUGCCCCAUUGUUUUAUUGCUCUAUUUUGUUGUCAUUGUACUUAACAGAAACUGUUGAUAGGACCCAAAACCCUACAGAAAUUCUAUGUCUGUAAAAAACCAACAGAUUCACAGGACUUGUCUGAUCUGAAUGUAAAGACUUUCUGUUGAGUAGGUAAUUUCAAAUUUAAAUGUUUUAAAUGAUAAUCAGAGUUCCUUUUUACUUAUAACAUUAGAUUAUGUUUUAGAAGUGUAAUAAAUAAAAACUAUUGCUGCUUUACCACUGUAAAAUAUGCUUUCUAAUGUGACCAUGUACUUUUUAAAUAAAUUGUAAUAUGACUUA